AUGGAAAGACAAGAAGUGGAUCUGCCAAAUGAAAAUCAGAUUUAUAUUACGGCAUAUCUUGAAUAUUCUAUUGGCAAAAAGACAGCAGACCAAGUUGCAAAAGAUUUGCACAUAGGUAGAAAAAAAUUAUUAUUAAAAUGGCAAGAACUUGGUUUAAAUCCAAAAAAGCUCGGAAGACCAGAAACUCCUCUUAGAACAGAUUUGUUACCAACCAUUCACGAAAUAAAAGCUAAGUACAAUCUAGGUUAUAAAAAAGUUUUAGAGAGUUACAUACAUGAUGACACAGUUUCAUUUCACGAUAUGCUUAAAUUAUACGAAAAAGAGAAUCUUUUCAAAUUUCGGCGAGAUCCAGAAAAAAUUGAUGAACAUCCAAAUCAGUAUGUUUCCCAAUACGUAAAUCAGCAAUGGCAUACUGAUUUAAAAAGCUUCAAAGAAGAGACAAAUGGUACCAAGCAUACUUAUCAUUUAAUUGCCUUUAUCGAUGACAGAUCUCGUUUUUGUAUUUAUUACGAAAUUCUUCCCGAUAAAACAAUGAAAUCAACUUCAAAAGCUUUACAAAAUGCUAUCGACUCUAUCAAAAUUAUUCCAUACGAACUUUUGACAGAUAAUGGAUGCGAAUUUAGAGGAAAGGACUUCAAAAACGUUCUUCAAGUAAAUGGCAUUCAACACCAUCGGACAGAACCUUACACACCACAGUUAAAUGGUAAAAUAGAACGUUUUUGGCAAACAAUCUUUUCGGUUCGCCCAGAUUUUAUCGAAAUAAGAGAAUUUUUACCUCACGCAAUAGAAGAAUACAACACAGUAUGGGUUCAUACAGCUUUUAAAGAUCUUUUCGGUGGAAAACCUACUCCAAAAUCAAUUUGGGACCAGGGUCCUAAAUGGACAAAGGACUUAAACCCAAAUCCUGAGUUCGAAAUACAGCCUUGUAACUAA